CAUCAGCAAGUUGACACACGUACAUAGUCUCUCACCCAUCCAGCUGGAACAGCAUCGACAAUUCAAAUCGUUUUUACAACCCAUCAAAUUCCGGCGGGAAGACUAAAAAAAUUCAAACACACAAAAAAUUAUUCGAGUGCGAUUUUCAGUUUAGUGAAAUAAAAUAAAAUCAAAUUCAAACGUCAUCCAUGAUGAGCAGCCUGACGGAACAACAUCCGACCGGAUCGUCGGUGAUGACGUCCGGCAACAAGUCGCGGGUCUACACGAUCGACGACAUCCUCGGCCGUCGUUCCAACAACGUCGAGCCCAGCAUCGUCCCCGUCAAAUUGAUCGACCAGCAAGUGAAUUCUUCGAAAUCCAGCGACGACGACGAGUCUCUGGUCAUGGACGAGGAAGAGGACGACACCAUUUUCCGCUCAAAGCUGAGAGAUGGUUCGCUGGACGAGAUCGACUUGUCCGUCUCGUCGGCCGAGAAGCCGGGCAGCCGCAAAGUGCGCCGAACGCGGACGACGUUCACGACGUUCCAGCUGCACCAAUUGGAACGGGCCUUCGAGAAGACCCAGUAUCCGGACGUCUUCACUCGCGAGGAAUUGGCCAUGCGUCUCGAUCUCAGCGAAGCUCGAGUUCAGGUUUGGUUCCAAAACCGACGGGCCAAGUGGCGCAAGAAGGAGAAGACCAUCGGCGGUGACUCGCCCACUUUUAGCGCAUCUCAUUUACUCGAUCGGCUCUCAAGUUUGGCUGAUGGAGAUCUCCAACACGCCGGAACACGGGCCGGCCAGCACGACAUGUGGAGUCAGAUCGGACAACAACAACAACAACAAUCGCAACAACAACAGCAACACCACCACUCGGUCAAUCCUUUCCUGACGAUGCGCUUGCCGCACGGCAAUUUGUUUCCUUACUCCGGCGGAAUUGCCGGCCAUCCGGCCUACGCCACCGCCCAUCCGGCCGCUCUGGCCGCCCACCACGCAGCCGCCGCCGCCGCCUGGAACAAUUUGAAGCAGAACGGAAGCCCAUCGUCAGUGGCCGCCGCCGUGGCCGCCGCAUCGGCCGCAGCCGCCGGAUUCCAGCCGCGCUAUUGGCUCCACCCCCACUGGCCGGCAGCAGCCCAUGCCGGCGUAUUCGAUCCGCUGGCUCUGGCGGCUCACCCGGAAGCCGGAUCGUCACCUCCGCAGCAUCCGGACUACACUUCCUUCAUGCUGCAGUCGCACCAGCAGCUCCAGCACCACCACCACCACCACCUGCAGAUGGGCCAGAACGCGUCGCACGACUCCCGCUCGCCGGCCAGCAGCCCGGCUUCUUCCCUGCCGGCCGGCGAUUCGCCCACGCCCGAGCUGGACAACAGCAGCAGCAGCAGCCACAACAGCAAAUCGCCCAGUGUCGUCGGCGACAAGACCAUCCUCGACUUGCGGGUGAAAAUCGCCGGAGCCAAGGGCUCGCCCUCCUUGGUGUCGGAAUGAAUUUCUAAUAAUUCAAAUUCGAAAUCUUUCGUCAUCUGUGAAAGCUGUUAGCUUUCAUUCAUUUUGUCCCCCACCUGUUUUCAUAUUCAAUUAACUUCCCAAUUUGUUUUCAAAACACGUCACCAGUUUGACACAUCGUACAUAUUAUGAUUAUUAUCAUCACCUAUCAAAUAUCGUGUCGCCAUUCCAACCCAAUUCUUGGAUGUUGUCUGUA